UGUUACUCUCACCAGUGUUUAUUAUACGUAAUAGAGAUAUUUUUUUUUCCUCCUGGUUUAAAAGUGGAGGCAACUUGGAGAGUGACUGCUUCCGGGAGGAGCGGGUUGUUUGUUUAUGUGAAGGCGGUCUGGAUAGUGGAAGGGUUUUGCUAUGGCUGCAGCAAAAGUGUUGCAUCGGGGCGCCUCUUUGUUGAGGACUCGAUUUCUCAUCCAGGCUCCAAGAGCGAGACUCGAUUGGCAGAACCAGGUUCCUUCGGGGCGAGGAGGAAGCGAGAUGCAUGGAAAGCCCAGAUGUUUCAGACAAGGGCUUGCGUUUUCAGUACUGUCUUACUUGGGAUACGAAACAUAUGUAUUAAUCUCCCGGUCUUCUGUGGUAAAGGCUGAUAAUCAAAGUGACAUUCUAGAUAAAGCAGACUACCUGUAUGAGAGUGGAGAAACUGAAAAACUCUGUCACUUGCUAGAGCAGUACAAAAACAGUGAGAAUGCAGAGUUACUGUGGCGCCUGGCCCGAGCAUCUCGUGACUUAGCUCAACUUGGUCAGACAUCUCCAGAGAAAAAGAAAGUACUGACAUAUGAAGCCCUUGAUUAUGCAAAGAAGGCCCUUGAAAAAGACCCAUCCUGUUUUGCAGUACACAAGUGGUAUGCAAUUUGUGUCAGUGAUGUGGGAGAUUACGAAGGAAUAAAGACAAAAAUUGCAAAUGCCUUUGUUAUCAAAGAACACUUCCAGAAAGCAAUUGAUCUGAAUCCUAAGGAUGCCACUUCACUUCAUCUGAUGGGCAUUUGGUGUUACACAUUUGCUGAAAUGCCCUGGUACCAGAGCAAAAUAGCUGCAGUUUUAUUUGCAACCCCACCCAGCUCCACCUAUGAUGAGGCUCUACAGUACUUUCAGAAGGCUGAAGAUGUUGAACCAAACUUCUACAGUACAAAUUUGCUAUUUUUGGGAAAGACAUACAUGAAGUUAAACAACAGAAAGAUGGCUCUUUUGUGGUUAACAAAAGCCAAAGAACGGGUAGUCCAUACGGAGGAAGAUAAGCAGGUCCAAAAAGCAGCUCAGGAAUUGCUAAAUUCUUUGUGAUAAGGUUAAUUGAAAUGUAUGGACCACUUUGACCCACAGUUUAUUGAACAUGGAACUUCUGGGCCAGCUUUUCCUAUUUUCUGAAAUGUUGCAUAAGCAGCAAAGUGCAGCCUCAGAUUUUUGUGGAGAAUAUCUUUACCACAUCAAACUAUAAUGUGAGAGGUGUGAAGUACUAAAAGGCAGAAAAAAGCACAUCAAUUAUUCUCUUUCUCAAAGCCUGAUCAUCUCGAAACUAUUAAUGUAUUCUUCCAAAGUAAUUUUUUUCCUUACUAAAAACGUGGAGGAACUGAUAUUAUCAAUGGAAAUGACUUAUCAAGGAUGACCUGUAAAUUCAUCAGUUGGGGUUAGGAGAAAUUUAAAUAUAAGAAAUAUCAACAAGGAAAGCCUUCUACUGUAAGGAUUAUAAAUAAUGUUGAAUGUUGCAAUAAUUUUGCAGUGUUGCUAGAGUUGUUAGCAGGAGUCAAUACUUUGAACAGAACAAGAGGAAGAAAUUGUAUGCUCUUCAGGAACAAGAACACUAUUGUUCAGGCUUUAAGUACUUCUUUGAAUAUUUGCCAUGAGGAAAACAGCAACUGCCAGAAGAAAUUAGCUAAAAUGUACUGCUAAGAUAGGAGCAUCAUUAGGGAUGGUUAAACACCUACCAGUUUGGCUUAUGCCCUGCUGUCCAGUCAUGACCAGGAGCUAAUUUUUGAAUGAUCAGUUUGACAGUUUGUGGCUAUUCUGCCUGUUGAUUCCCUAUUUCUUUUUAAACACGCAGUACAGCACAACUGGCUUUUUUUGUACAUGUGCAUUUUCACACAGCCUAAUGAAUUCUUCUUUCCUGGUCCUUGCUGCAAAACUACUCCACUCAGCAGGCAGUUUGAACAUAGAUAGUUAAAUCAGUCACAAAUCAUAUAACCCAGUUGUCAAUGAAUGCUCUGUUUCAAUAAAAUCUCACCAGGAAA